AUGGCUGCCAGCUGGUGUGCGUUCUGGCACUGCGUGACACUGGCGCCUCUGGCUGAGCUCCCAUGGUCCGAUGGUCCGAGCGCACAGGCAGACAGACAGACACAGGACCAGGACCCUACGACCAACGGAGACUCAACCGCCCUCGGAACGCACGCACGGAAGACGGGAUAUCCGAAUGGCAGUGACUCGGCUAAAGAUCCAUGUUGCGGCUGCUUCCUGCUUUCUCUGCGUGUCGUCUUCAAUGAGAGUUCAGACGCUCGCUCACACGGCACACACAUUUCAUCUGCAUGCCUUUCAAUCAGAUGGAAAGCACAGAGUGGAAAGCACAGAGAGGCAUCCGAUUGCUAG